GCGGCUUUCAUCUCAGAGGCAUUUAUCACCAUCGAUUCCUAUACAUGCAUUCUUAGAGCUGGGAGCAGCCUCAACACCGAAUCAAAGGAGGAACAUGUACAGUAACAGAAGAAGAACCGUGGACGACCAUUACCGUAACUUUGACGCUCGACAGGACGUGGAUACCCGUCGCUCUGGAUCUUGGCGAAGAUUCCAUAGGAGGAAUGAAGGGCACGAUUGUAAUGAUCCUGAGGAGUAUCGAAGGUAUUCGCCCCCGAGGACGAGGUACGAGGAGCGCUAUAAUACUGGUGCAUCGAGAAACACGUUUUACCGCACGACGUCGAAUAAUGCAUAUGAAGACCCACAUAAAUACGAGGUUUCUUGGCGAAGGACGACUGAAAGUCAACAUGAUUCUUUCCAAGAUCCGCAUCCCAGUCAUGCUCCGCGUCCACCUCGAAAAGAGGUCUCACCGAAGUCUACCCGCCUUACUGGUCCUUUCAUGGCUCUAGCUACUCGUUUCUCGCCUCCGCCACCUUCACAUAUUCCAUCUUCACCGUCUGAGGAAUACCUAAAAAGUGCGGCCGAACCGUCUACGUCGACUUCUACUCCAUCUCGAAAAUUAAUCAUCCUUGACUUAAAUGGAACGUUACUUUUACGAUUACGAUCCGUUGGUGCAGUGUAUCCGCGUCCUUACAUGCCAUCAUUUCGAGAUUUCCUUCUACACCCGGAAACAAGAAAAUGGUUGGAUAUAAUGGUGUGGUCAAGUGCACAGAGGCAUAACGUUGAACGGAUGGUUCGACGUUGUUUCUUCGACAGGUCGUCAAACCCCGCGAUACGUGACGCUGAACGCAGACGAAACGAAGAAGAGAAGCAGGAUAGUGAGAUCCAGGACGAGUGGGAAGGAAAGUUUAUCGCUGUUUGGGCUCGUGAUACCUUAGGACUAUCACGUAGCGAAUAUUCGCGUAAAGUCCAAACGACGAAGGAUCUCGAAAAGCCAUGGUCGGAGCUUCCAGGAGAACAUAGCGCGCGUAGUACGCUGUUGCUCGACGACUCUCCUAAAAAGGCACGAUUGCAGCCGUACAAUCAUGUUUGUAUCGGAGAGUACACGCCAGUGUUACGAGAACAAUCGCAACGUGUUAAACGGGGGAUAGUGAAAGUGGAGCUCGAGUCUCAUCUGAACAAGCCAGAUUACAGGGCAGAGCGAAACGAAUCCCACGUCGCUGACGGCGACGGGAACGAAUUGCACACGUCUCCUGAAACAGAAGAAGUACGAAAGAAGAAGAAACAAAUAAAGAAGGAACAGCAGCGGCUUGCAAGGAUAAGCGCCGCCCUCCUGGAAAACUCUUCUCUACCCGUGGUUGGUGAGGCGAGCCCACAAGAAAGUGCGAACGAGGAAUUUGACGGGACACUCUUAGCAGUCAUUGGUGUUCUCCACACGCUAAAGCAUCAGAGUAACGUGGCGGGAUGGAUUCGUGCAGGCGGGCUGUGGGCUGGGAAGACGCCACCGCAACUAGAUGCGUCUGUCGCUACGACUACGGAGUCUAGUGAGUGUAUGCCUUCUCCGACUGAUGUGGAGAUGGAUGGUGACGAGCAACGACCGGAAGAAGCCACAGCGACUGAGGUGGCCAUGGUAGCAGGAAAUGACGUUCAGACUUCCGGUGCCAUCUCAAAUUCCAACCCACAUGAUGAAGAUCAUUCCGAAACUAUCAACGAAGGACCAGAUGCCAAGAUGUGGUUUGAGGACAAAGAGACGACACAUCAUUGGGUAGUCCGCGGGCGUGAGGCAUUGGAGGAGUUAGGGAUUGAGAAGCGAGAUGGGAUCUCCGUUGAAUGAUUUGCUUUGUAUAAUACAUCACCAAAACGUGCAGAGUCUGACAAGGCAAUAUAUUUACAUGUAGACUUUAUAAGCGAAUAUAAG